GGGGCGAGGUCGUUUACGUAGGAUCACAAGGAAUAUUAUUACACUCAAGCAUACGAUUUCCAGACAAAGAAUCUCUUCUACAAUUCAUCAUCAUUCUUCACAGAUCUCUUGUUUUCACCUCAGACCCUAUAUAAAUUUAACCACAAUUAUUUGCUCAUUCAUAAAUUUACCUAUAUUCUCUAUCCCAAUUCAUAUUUAACCUCUAAUGGAAGUUUUCCAAUUUAGGUUUUCAGAUGCAUAAUCACUCCCACUCAAUGCAAUGGUGGUCUGCAAGUGUCGAAAGGCAACAAAAUUAUACUGCUUCGUGCACAAGGUCCCUGUUUGUGGAGAAUGCAUAUGUUUCCAGGAGCACCAAAUUUGCGUGGUUGGCACGUACUCAGAGUGGGUAAUUGAUGGAGAGUAUGACUGGCCUACCAAGUGUUGCCAGUGCCAAGCAGUUCUUGAAGAGAGCACUGAUCCUCAAACAACACGUCUAGGUUGCUUGCAUAUUGUACAUACAAGUUGCUUAGUUUCACAUAUUAAAAGUUUUCCUCCAAAUACUGCUCCAGCUGGAUAUAUUUGUCCAGCAUGUUCAACUCCAAUAUGGCCUCCUAAAAGUGUAAAAAACUCAGGGUCCCGUCUGCAUUCACAGUUGAAGGAAGCAAUUAUGCAGAGUGGAAUUGAGAAGAACUUGUUUGGAAAUCAUCCAGUUUCAUCACCACCCAAAUCUUCUCAUGGACCACCUCCUGCUUUUGCCUCAGAUCCAUUAAGACCAAAAGGUGCAUCUGGAAAUGGUUCUGCUAAACCGUUGCGCGUUGAUAUUGUGGAGAUAGACAGUCCUGGUUCAGCAAACCAAUCUUUAUCUAAUCAUGAGGCCAACUUCUCGAAAAGUCCAACUUCUGGUUCUGGUGCUACCACGAGAAAGGGUACUCCACAAGGAGAAAGACAAACCUCUGAACUGUCUUAUUAUGCAGAUGAUGAAGAUGCUAAUAGGAGGAAGUACACACGAAGGGGUAGUUUCCGGCACAAGUUUCUGAGGUCAUUGCUACCUUUCUGGUCAAGUGCUUUGCCAACUUUACCAGUAACUGCACCUCCUAAAAAAGAUGCAAAUGCAGAUGAGUCCCAUACGCGGCACCAUAGACCAUCAAGGAUGGAUCCAAGAAAAAUACUUCUUGUCAUAGCAAUCAUGGCAUGCUUGGCAACAAUGGGUAUUCUGUAUUACAGAAUCGCGCAACGUGGUUUUGGGGAGGAGGAGGCUGAUAACAGGCAGCAGUGACCCCCGGGUUUUAUUGAGAUUUCUUACUUGAAGAGGGCCAUUGUUGAUCUAGUGUUCCCCUUGACCUCUCAAACCAUGAUUUUGAUAUAAACUGGAUCAUAGUUUUCAUGACAUUGGACCCACCCCCAAAUGUUUGAUUUUGGACCUUGAUGGAAAUUCAGAUUUCAAAGAUGUCCAUUUUGUUUUACUUCAUCUGUCAUUAUACUUGUUUAAGUUAAUAAACGCCCGUUUCAUGA